CGAGGGAGUCGUCACCUGCUAAAUUAUUACAUCGAGCCGAGGGAUAGUACACCUGCAAACGAAUGCUUCGGAUUGUGCUUUAUAGAGGGUGCUAGUGUGAUGCCUAACGAUGUUUUUGAAACAAAUUUCUUCUAAGUAAUAUGUCUGUUUGUCUGUGCUUUUACUGUGCGCGCUGUUUCUAAAUUUUCUGUGGGAGUGAGCAGUACGCCAGAUUCGUGCAGAGGCUCAUAGAAUUACUCAGAAUUUAUCAGAGUUGCUCUCGUUCUCACAGUGUCUUGCCCCUUGAUUUGCGACGCAUGGAUUUGAAGAAAAAUAAACGAUUUUUGCUCGUCCCAAAUUCCGGGUUUCAACCUGCUAGUGAAGAAUCAAACCGACGGUCAUCCCGUAAUGCCUUAAGCUGCUCGAUCGACUAGUUCAUCCAUAUGUUCAUCUGCGAUAAACUUUCCUCAUGCACGUGCUCCACUAAACGCACCUCAUCACUCACCCGCGUGAAGUACAAAAAAAAAGGAAACGUCACUUCGCCAAACAACAUCCCGGUGCACCCUUCCCUUCUCGACUCCAGCGACUGACGCAUUAUUUUUUGUUUUGGUUUUCCACUUUGCUUGCGCUUAUCAUCGGCAGUGCAUUUCCCCCUGUCUUUCGCUGUACUUCGUGCGUGAAACUUGAGCCACUUAUUUUAUCUGCUGCGACCGAGACGACUCAUAUGUUAUCCUUCCGAGGCGUACUCCGAGAAUCGAAUCCGUUCUCUAGUCGACCGCUUCUGGAUCUGUACUGAAUGAUGCUACUUCUGCUGCCACCACCAUUCAUCAAAACACUUUUACAACGACGACGAAAUCAAUACGAAACGGUACACGAUGAUAACUGCUGGUGCUGAUAAGGAUUCGUCACCAGCAGCAGUGCCGGCGGAGCCGAAGGAAAACGAUCCGACCGGAGACGAAGACGCCCGCUCAGUUGCGUGCUCUUGUAAGGAAUCCGCGCGCGCACCGGUUCGAAGUGUACCCACUCAGUCUUGAGUCGUUUCCAGCCGGUGGUGGACGUGUGAGUUUGCGCGCUUAGAAGAAAGUGACUUAAGUGAUCCUCAACGGAAGGAUAUCAUCCCAUCAGCAGCAGCAGCAGCAGAAAUGGACGAGUUUGCACUGUGUUGGAACAAUUUUGCGGACAACAUUGCCAGCGGCUUCCAGAAGCUGUACGACCUGGGCGAUCUGGUCGAUGUGACCAUCGCGUGCGAUGGGAAGCUUCUGAAGGCGCACAAGAUUGUGCUGGCCAUCUGCAGUCCGUACUUCCAGGAGAUGUUCAUGAGCAACCCGUGCAAGCACCCGAUCAUUGUUCUCAAAGACGUCUCGGUCAACGUGAUGCAAGAGCUGCUACAGUUCAUGUACCAAGGCGAGGUCAACGUUAAACACUCGGAGCUGCAAUGCUUCAUGAAAAUUGCCGAAACAUUACAGAUCAAAGGUCUGACCGCUUCCCACAAAAACGAACGUAGCCCUACGCCAUCGUCGGGGCUCACGCCGGCCCCUGCCCACCGGGCAUCAAGCACUAGUCAACUGGACCCGUCCAAGCUUAACUCCUACCUGGCCGCCGCGGCCAAGGAAAGCCUUAAACGAGCAGCGGAAUCAACCCCGGAAGCAUUCCCGGGUCUUCACUACCCCAUCAAGAAAUCCAUAAAACGCUCGACCGAUAGUAUCGACCAGGACAGCAACUCCGACUGCAUGGACAAUCUCAGCUCGGACGAGGCCUUCAUUCCGGCGUCUCCGCAAAUUUCCAUGAUCGAGCAGUCGCCUUCGGCGGUGGCGCCAUCUGCCCGUCAGUUCGACCUGUCAAACGUGAAACGCGAAGCCGGAGGUGAUAGCGUGUCCUCGCCCCAGCAGAGCCCCACCAAUUUGGCAACUUCGGCGGCGGCCAUGGGUGCAGCGGCUGCCGCAGCUUCGGCGGCCGCCGCCAUGAAGCUGGGGUUUUCCAGCACGCCGACGUCGGCGUCGGCGGCUGCCGCAGCGCUACAUCCCAUGUUCGGCGGGUUCGAUCACAACAACAGUAGCUUUAGCGGGAUUGCGACCAGCUUGGCGUCGAUCAGUGGCAACGGGAGCGGCAACAAUGGGGCCGUGGCGAUAGCGGGAGGUACGCCGGGUGGACCCGGCGGCAGCGCCGGUGGUCUGAAGCUGGCAUCUAUGGACUACUCGACGGAUUACGGCUCGGACUACGGGAAGGGUGGAAUUCCGCCCGGGCACAUGGACAUUCCGGCCGGUCCCAGCAUUACGAUGCUAUCGUCAACCUCUCUCCUGCAUAACAAUUGCAUAUUCAAUCGCAACAAUACCGUUGCCACCCAGCAAGGUCUCAAAACGUACUGGCUGUGUAAAUCGUACCGGGUUUCGAUGUGCCGAGCCCGUUGUAUCACCCACCACGGCCAGGUCAUCUCGUCCACUGGAGUUCACAACCAUCAACCUCACAUGAAAGCUCCCCACGAAUUUCCCCACCAACCUCCGCAACCGCCCUUACCACCUCCUAAUCUGAGUCAACCAGUGGCACCACCACCUCAACCCCAAGAACCCCAAAGCAUUCAUCCUCCUUUGAACAACGGAGCUUACCACGAAUACCAUCCAAAUACUCACUCCCAACCUGUUUCGAACCACGCGGUUAUGGGUCCUCCUUCGCAUUACGACCCCAACCCGUUCCCAAUGCAUCACCAACCAGCUCCCUAUCCUGAAAUGCCCCCUUAUCACCACAAUCCCCACCACCAUCAUCAUCAUCCUCCGCACAAUCCAUAUCAACAUCCUCCCUACGUCAAUCCGCCGCCAAUGCCUCCUCCCCAGUCACCUGCUAUGAUCCUUCCGCCUUCGGGCGAAUCGCAUCCACCGCAGCAACCACAGAUGCCGGCGCAAAGCGGUCCUCCACCGCCGCCCCUUCCGGAACCGGAAGUUCCGCCCGAUAUUAAGCUUACGCAGCUGGAGCCUAUGGUGCCGUCAUCGGUCGGUUCGGCGCCAGCUGGCAGCAGUUCAUGCAUUCCGGACGAACAGCAGCACGAACAGUUGGAACUUAAAACCGAACAGCUUUCGUAGUGUUGUUCCUAUAGAUUUGGCGUAAUCGAUAGACAUAUUAUGUAUAGGAUUAAGUAUAGAUAGGCAAGAACAGCGUGAUAUCUAAUAAGUACGGAGAAUAAAAUA